CCAGUUGGGAGAGCACCGGGGCUUCGCAUCUGGAUUUUACGCGUCAGUCGGUCCACGCCUACAAGACUGCCCGCCUACCCCGCUGCAGCCCGCACACUCGGCUGUGGGCUUUUCACGGCGGAGACCUGUCGUCCUCUCCCCCUUUACAGCUCCUUCAAUUUGUCUAAUCUCGUCUCUCUUUCAUUUCAAUGGCCGUACGUGGCGUGAUUUGCAUUCAGCAGCGCAAUAGUUAAUGAGGUGCCGGAUGCGCCCUCACUCCAGCAGACCGCUACAGUACGAAGAUGGCGUCGGAGGGAGCCAGCGGAGAGCAGCCUCCUCCGGUACAAACACUGGCAACCGCCGUGCUGGGAAGUGUCGACACGAAAUGUGAGUUCAACAUGGAUAACCUGAGCAAGCCAGAGCUGCUCACCCUGCUGAGUAUCAUGGAGGGAGAGCUGGAGGCCCGCGACCUGGUCAUAGAGGCCCUGAGGGCUCAGAGGAAGGAGGUGUUCCUCCAAGAACGAUACGGUCACUAUAGCCUGACCGACCCCUUCCUGGCUCUUCAGAGGGACUUUGAGUGCGGGGUCCCCGGAGGAGACAAGGAGCGGCGGCCCCUGGGCUCCAGCCCCAUCUCUGUCCUGGAGGCCGUCAUGGCCCACUGCAGGAAGAUGCAGGAACGCAUGUCAGCCCAGCUGACGGCCGCCGAGAGCCGCCAGAAGAGGCUGGAGAUGGAGAAGCUGCAGCUCCAGAGUCUGGAGCAGGAGCACCGCAAGCUGACUGCACAGCUGAAGGACGAGCGCGAGAAGAACAAGCACAUUGUCAUGAUGUUGGUGCGUGAGUGCAAGCAACUUGCCACACGGGUGGUAGAGGAGUCGCAGCGCUUUGACGAGCUCCAGGCUCGCUUGGACGAGGAGAGUCGCACCUCUGGCCGGCUGCAGGAGGAGCUGAGCACAGAGCGGCAGCGUAGCCAACAGAUGGAGGCCAAGAUGGAAAAGCAGCUGUCGGAGUUUGACACAGAGCGGGAACAGCUGCGUGCCAGGCUGGGCCGCGAGGAGGCCGAGAGCCAGAGUCUGCGGCACCAGGUCGAGCAGCUCAGGACUGAACAGGGCGAUGGGAAGGAUGGUGCUGCUGUCGGCCAGCCUGCUGCUGCCGGAGCAGAACCUGCUGCUGCCACCAGCACACCACCCAAACCUAAAGCUCUGACGUCUGUUUCCGUAGCAACAGAGCCCAUCAGCUCUCGAACAGCGUCUUGCCAAACGGACCUGCCCCCCACUGAGGUGGAGGGUCCCAAGAAGACCCCCCUCACUAUACCCGUCAAACCAACCCCUGCCAACUAUGUGGGCCUGAGUCUGCCAAAGACGACUGGCCGGGGGAUCGUCCACAGCAGCUCAGGAGGACUGGCACAGACAGAGAAUGGCUCAGAGGGCCAAGCCCCCCACGGCUUACACAGCGGAGUCAGCCCACGUGUCCAGGCGGCCCGCUACAAGUUCCAGGAACAGGACCAAAAUGGCACGGCGUCCCAGAGUCCUCCAGCCCGUGACCUCUCCCCCACCAACCGGGACAACUUUGCCGCCAAGCAGCAAGCACGCCACACCGUCACACAGGUCCUUUCGCGCUUCACCAGCCCUCCCGCAGGAGGUGCCGGAUCCUUGCGUCCAGGCCUACCCCACUCUGCAUCAGAGGGAGGCCCUUUUCCUGGCCGCCUGAGCCAUCCCAUUGGCAUCAAGUCGCCCACGGUGGCCAGGAUCGACCGGGGAAACCCUCCCCCUAUCCCUCCCAAAAAGCCAGGGCUUUCCCAGACCCCCUCUCCUCCUCAUCCACCUAUCAAAGUGGUGGGAGACAGCAGCCGCUCUCCUGGGGCUGGGUUAAAACCUGCCACACCCCAGCUUCCACCCAAACCUGCCCUGGACCUGGUCCCAGCCCUGACGGCCUCUCAGGUGGGUGCCUGCCCCCCCUCCCGCUCCCCGGGGCCUGGCCGGGGCCCUCAGCGGCAGUCGGCAGCAGCAUGUGCAGAGUGCCCCCCUGUCAUCAACCCUGCCACCACUGUCAGUAGCCCCUCCUCCAUAAACCCCCCCUCCACCUCCUCUUCCAUUAUUGCUCCAUCCUCCCGUAGCCCCCGUGCCUCAGCAGGCAGCCCCCUGGCAACAGCAUCAGGCUGGUGUCCCUCCGUAGUCUCCUCUCUAAGCGGCGGAGGGCCUGCUGCCCUGGACGGCGGGCGCCCCCUGCUCCCCCAAGCUGCUUCCCAGGGAAAUGUCACUUUAUUGUCAAUGCUGCUUAACCAACCAGACCCGACCACCGUCACCAUCACCACCACCACCACCAACACGUCCACCAACACCACCAACACCAUCUCUACCACCGCCAUGGAGAACAAGCCCAAUCAUCUUGACCAAGACCACCACCUCUACCACAACCACAACCACAACCAAACCUCUGCCUUGUUUGCUGCUGCUCAGAAUGGACACACAGAAUGUGUGAAGCUGCUGCUGUCUUCGGGAUCACCUGCUGACGUAUCGGAUGAAAAUGGAUUCACACCUUUACACUUUGCUGCCGCCCACGGCCACAGCAGCUGUGUUGAGGUGCUGCUGGCUGCAGGAGCUGCUGUGAAUUCGGCGGCGGCGGGGGGACAGACUCCCCUCUUCCUGGCCUGUAAAGCAGGAGGCCUGGACUGUGUCCCGGUCCUGCUGAGCGCUGGAGCCGACCGCUCGCGCACCACCACAGAUGGCUGCACGACUCUCCACGCGGCGGUGCACUCAGGACACGUGGACACGCUGCGUCUCCUCCUCUGCCACCCACAGGGUGACCCCACUGUGACCUCUGACCCCCCCUUCACCCUGGCUCUACCUGCUGCCCUGCUGAACCAGGCCAACAAUGACGGCUGGACUGCUGCACACAUGGCUGCUGCCCUGGGCCUCAAGGAGUGUCUGGAGGUGCUGUGCAGCCACAGUGAGCAGGACAUCGAGAGGAGGGAUAAGUGUAAUCGCACUAUUCAUGACGUGGCAACUGAUGACUGCAAAGAUCUACUUGAAAAUCUCCACUUGUACCGGGUCCUGGUACGUCUCCAGUGUUCAGGUGGAGGAGGAGCGGGGUCCAUGUGUCCUGUGGAGGCCCUGGAGGAGGAGGCGAAGGGCGUCACCAGCAGCCAGUUGGUGCUGGGCAGAGUGUCAGUCGACCGGUCGACGCGUUGGUCUCAGCUGUGCUCCACCCUCAGCCACGCCUUCACCUCCUACCUCCAGAUCGUCUGUGGAGAGCCUCAGACAGCCAGGGAGGAGGCGCAACGCCCACCGCUAGGCCUUGCUCCCGCCAGUAUCGCCUCCAUCCGUAUAGGAGAUACCGAGUGGUUGCCGGGUCAGGAGCUGCCUUUAUCCCCCUGGGACCUGGUCAGAAAGCCUCUCAGCCAGUGCAUCACCAUCCGCCUCAAAGAUCUGUCUGAGUCGUGUCUCGAUGAGUUGGCUCUGGAAUACCUCUUCCCCCUGCCACUGCUGCACAACUACGUCCGCCUGGUGGAACAGUAUGGGAACCUCAUCUUUCAUGGGCUUGAGGGCAGCUGUCAGGAGUACAUCGCCAAUCUGAUUGCUCGCUGCAUCAAGUCUAAGCAGGAGGUGGGGGGGUUCGGCUGUGACGUGGUGAGGGUGGAGGUGGCGGAGAGCCUGACCAAAGAGCAGCUGCUGGAGACUUUCAUCGCUUGUGGUUUCCUGGUGCCGGCAGUGGGGUCAGGGGUCGUGGAGCCAGGCUGUCGCACUGGUCACUGUGUGGUAGUGCUGCUGGAGGGACUGGAGAAGGCUUCAUCCCUAACAGGCCUGCUGGGAGACCUCUGCCAAAGUCUGGACAACAGGGGCUCUGCUUCACCGCUGGUUCUCAACACCGGUCCCCACCACUUCCGUGAAGGCAGUUUCCUGAUUGCCACGCUGUCAAAGCCCCGUCUGCAGGGAUCAGAGCUCCGCCUCCAGCAGCACUUCCGCUGGGUAACGCUGCGUUGGGACCAGGAGCCACUGCACGGCCUGCUGGGAAGGCACCUUCGCAGGAAGCUGCUUCACAAGAUGGGGACUGGAGUUUGGUCACCUGAUGGCGUCAUGGAGCGGUCGGUGAUGUGGGUGAGCCAGGUUUGGCAGCAGCUCAACGCCUGUCUGUCCCGUCUGGGGACCCAUGAGGCUUUGCUGGGCCCGCAGCUCUUCCUGUCCUGCCCUGUGGUCCCAAACAACACAGAGGCAAUCGUCAGGUGGCUGGCUCGGCUCUGGAACGCCAUGGUCGUCCCCCGUGUGGAAGAAGCCAUCAUCUCCCGGGUAACAGCCAAGCGCUCCACCUCCACCACCUCCUCGCCGUCGUCGCAGCGACCGUCUCCUAGCAACUGUGCGCUGAGUGCCGGGCAGCAGGCUGUGGUGAAAGCAGCCCUCAGCAUCUUGGUCAACAAGGCUCUUCUCCUGGGCUGCCCUCUGCCUCGACACGAGAUUGACAGGUACCUGCUGGAGUUUCGGGGCGGGACCUUACCUCUGUCAGCCAUCGGCUCCUAUAAAGGAAAUGGCGGAGGAGGAGGAAGAAAGGGACGGGACAGCAGCAAGUUGAGACGAUCCAACACCAGCCCUCGGAAGAAAGGGAGCCCCGCCUUAAACUGGAGCUCUGGCGGUUCCUUUAGAGAGGGUUCACUGUCUAGCACUGAUGUCAGCUUGAUCACCAAUGGCAAAGUCCAGAGGGAGCCUGUAGGUCUGUCUGUGUUCUCUGAUGAUGAGACAGAUUUAAUCAGAGAGCUGCAGACCAUGUGCUCCAGCAAGUCAGAGCCAGACAUCAGCAAGAUCUCUCAGGCCAAAGACGACUUGAUCCUGUUCUCCAGCUCUCCCCGUGAAGAGACGCCCCACCACAAGGCAGCGCAGGAAACCGCCGUCCAGCAGCGACCGCAGACGACUGUCAUCCGUCAGUCCAGCCGCAGCUCCACCCAGGCAGCCGUCCAGAGCAGCGACCGGCGUUCAGGCCCUCGCGCCAAAUCGCAGCUCCCCGUCCCCAGCAGCAGGGGGCAGCAGACACGAGUCUCCACUGCUGCCUCCGGCAGCAACAAUAACGGCAGCAGCAGCAGCCCCGGCCGAACCCAGACGCCCCCCAGCCGCAGCAGCAGAACCACCACCAACAACAGCAGAACAAAGCAGGCUCCCCCCAGCAGCAACAACAACUACCGCAACAACAUCAACGACAACAACCAAUCACACGAGGACAUAUGGAUCCUCCACAGAGAUCUGCAUGAAAACAACAACAGCAAGUAGACAUCCCCCACGCCCCCCCACCCCAUGAUUCCGCUGUGAACCUCCCUCCAUGAUGUAAAGACUAGGUACCUGACGACCUUUUGACUUUUAGUAUUUGUACUUGUUAUCCGUACUUGUUACACUGUACUACAGUUGUGUACUUGGGGACCAUAGUUUUAUUCUAUUACAGUAUUUGAAGUAUUUGAUCAUUUGGUUUGGUAAGAUUAUACGUGGCGGGAAAAAACAACAGAAGGUAAUGCAGCAGGUUACUUUUCUGUUGCCUUAUUCCAGUGUAUCAACCUGCAUAUUAUGGGACAGUAUUCAGUAGACAAGAUACAGUGUAAGAAUUUUACUGAAAUAAAAGUUGAGAUAUAAAGUAUUUGACUUGUGGAAACUGCCUCAAAAGAGUACUGACACAGUAUUUGUGUACUUCUCCUACUGGUAUAAGGACAUUGAAGAGUUAACUAAAAAAAGGUACUUACAGGUGUUACCUUUUUUAGUGAAAAGUGUUUUUGGAUCAAAGAAAGAAACAAGCAGGUUUUUAUUUUCUUUUGUUGUUUUUGCUAUUAAGUAUUUUGAGAUAUUCAAGUGUUUUAUCUUUAAAUAGUUGCAAGGUUGGUUUUAAAUACUGUUGAAAUUAAUCAGGGUUUUACCAAAUAUAUUUGUAAAUAAGAAUUAGUAAGUUUAAAUGCUCUAUAGAUUGGUGUAUGUGGUAUGACGCUUGUACAGUGACGAAACCUUAAAGCAAAACUGCUGAAAAAAAUAAUUUGUACAUAGUGUUUGUAAAAUGAGUUUGGUUCUGAACCCUUCACUUGUUUCAAAGUGAAGGGGCUGUGGCAAUAAGUAAUAGAACUGUAUAAACACAGGAUGUCCUCAAUCAACUGUAAGCCAUAAUAAAUAUUUUAAAUGUC